GGCGGCGGCGGCGGCGCGCGGGUGCGCGUGUGAGCGAGCGAGCAGGCGGGCGGGCGAGUGCGCCGGGUAUUGGCAGCCGAGGAGUGGAGGCUGGGUGGCUCCGACUCCUUGACGCCAGCGCGACCAGAUCAAUCCAGGCUCCGGGAGCGACCGAGCGAGCGAGCGAGCGAACGGGAGGGCGGGAGGAGGAAGGAGAGGCCGAGCGGCUGAGCCCGGGCCGAGGCGCGGGGAGGGACCCUGCGAGCGCAGCGCCGCGCAGCGUUCGGCCGGCCUGACCGGGGCCGCACGGGGACCCCGCUCGCCCUGCCAACUCGUGCGCCCGCGCGGACGGGCGUGCAGCCAACCCGGUGCUGACUUUGGGUGACUUUUUGAAACACUAGGAAUGGUCAUUUCUCCCUUUCAGGACCUCAACACGAAGGAGCUAAGGAGAAUCCUAUGUAAAUAAAGUGACACCCCUUCCGCUGGCCUUUCACAUUGGGACCGUCUUUCUUUCUCCACCUGCAAGGAGCAUCCUGGUGCCAUCAUGAACGUGACAAGUUUAUUUUCCUUCACAAGUCCAGCUGUGAAGAGACUUCUUGGGUGGAAACAGGGAGACGAAGAAGAAAAAUGGGCCGAGAAGGCUGUUGACGCUUUGGUGAAAAAACUGAAGAAAAAGAAAGGUGCCAUGGAGGAACUGGAAAAGGCCCUGAGCUGCCCGGGGCAGCCCAGUAACUGUGUGACCAUCCCUCGCUCCCUGGACGGCCGGCUGCAGGUCUCCCACCGCAAGGGGCUGCCGCACGUCAUUUACUGUCGCGUGUGGCGCUGGCCCGACCUGCAGAGCCACCACGAACUCAAACCACUGGAAUGCUGUGAGUUUCCUUUCGGCUCCAAGCAGAAGGAGGUGUGCAUCAAUCCCUACCACUACAAGCGGGUCGAGAGCCCUGUUCUCCCUCCAGUACUGGUUCCGAGACACAGUGAAUACAAUCCUCAGCACAGCCUCCUAGCUCAGUUCCGUAACUUAGGGCAAAACGAGCCUCACAUGCCACUCAACGCCACUUUCCCGGAUUCCUUCCAGCAACCCAACAGCCACCCGUUUCCUCAUUCUCCCAACAGCAGUUACCCAAACUCUCCUGGAAGCAGCAGCAGCACCUACCCUCACUCUCCGACCAGCUCAGACCCAGGAAGCCCCUUUCAGAUGCCAGCAGAUACGCCCCCGCCUGCUUACCUGCCCCCUGAAGACCCCAUGAGCCAGGACGGCUCUCAGCCCAUGGACACGAACAUGAUGGCGCCUUCACUGCCCUCAGAAAUCAGCCGAGGAGAUGUUCAAGCCGUCGCUUAUGAGGAACCCAAACACUGGUGCUCUAUUGUCUACUAUGAGCUGAAUAAUCGCGUGGGUGAAGCGUUCCAUGCCUCCUCCACCAGCGUGUUGGUGGACGGUUUCACUGAUCCUUCCAACAACAAGAACCGUUUCUGCCUCGGGCUGCUCUCCAACGUGAACCGGAACUCCACCAUCGAAAACACCAGGCGGCAUAUUGGGAAAGGAGUUCAUCUGUAUUAUGUCGGAGGCGAGGUAUAUGCCGAGUGCCUCAGCGACAGCAGCAUCUUUGUGCAGAGUCGGAACUGCAACUACCACCACGGAUUUCAUCCCACAACCGUUUGCAAGAUCCCCAGUGGGUGUAGUUUGAAAAUUUUUAAUAACCAAGAAUUUGCUCAGUUACUGGCGCAGUCUGUGAACCACGGCUUCGAGACAGUCUACGAGCUCACAAAGAUGUGUACUAUUCGCAUGAGCUUUGUGAAGGGUUGGGGAGCAGAAUACCACCGCCAGGAUGUGACCAGCACCCCCUGCUGGAUCGAGAUCCAUCUGCACGGCCCCCUCCAGUGGCUGGAUAAAGUUCUUACUCAGAUGGGUUCACCUCAUAAUCCUAUUUCAUCCGUGUCCUAAACGGCCUCGGGCUUCUGCCUCUUGAAAACUAUUGAGCCUUGCAUGUACUUGAAGGAUGGAUGAGUCAGACACCUUCGAGAACUGACAACGGAGCCUUGAUCAUACUUGACCUCUGCGACCAACUGUUGGAUUCAGAAAUUUUAAAAGCUUGGUAACAUACUGUUGAUAUCGAGAACCUGUUUAGUUUACAUUGUAACGUUCUGUUGUAAAGUCAACUAAAAUGCAUACUUUUCGCAGGACUUUGCAUAUAGUUAAAGGAGAGAUGGCCAAGCCAGCGACAAAUCAUCUAUUGGAAAAACGGUCCUAAGAGAUUCUUUUGUGUUUGGCACUUUAAGGUCAUCGUGUGGCAGAAGUUUAGCAUUAAUAGUCUUGCUGACGUGUGUUUUUAUCAGGUUUAGAGCCCGUGUGGAGUCUUCUCUUCAUGGGUUUUCAUAAUAUUUUAAAACUGUUUGUUUAGUAAUGGUUUUUGUUUGUUUGUUUUUUAAGUAAAGGUUAAUCUUGAUGAUAUACAUAGUAACCUUCCUAAAAUUGUAUGCUGACCAUACUGCUGUCAGAAUAAUGUUAGGCAUAUGCUCUUUGCUAAAUAUAUAUGUACAGAAUAUUUGGAAGUUAGGAAUUGAUUAGACUAGUGGAUUUAGGAGUAUUGGAGGGGGUGGGGGGAGUGGGAAAUGACAAAUGUAGAAUAUACUGUAAAAUUCAGUUUGUUGCUUUAAAGAAACAAACUGAUGUCUGAAUUUUGCUGUGUUUCAAUUUUUUAGAGAUUUUAUCCUACUACUUUUUUUUUUUUGCAUCUUCUAUCCCGUCCUCUCCAAAAAAACAGUUAUGCAGCUGGUUAAUUCAUGUAACUGUGAGAGCAAAUGAAUAAUUCCUGCUAUUCUGAAAUUGACUUCCUGUACGUUUCAAUACCAAUUGUAUGGAGUGCUUGAAUUUAAUAAGCAAUUUUUAUGGAGUUUACAAUACAGAUAUAGGCUUUAAUUUUCAAGUGAAUUGUUUGCCAAACCUAGUAACUCUGUUAAAUAUCUGGAGGAUUUAAAGAACAUCCCUCUUUAAAUCCAUUUCAAACUUUUUAAAUUUUUUUGUACUAUGCUUGGUUUUAUUUUUCUUCUGCUAAUCUUUUAUAUUCACUUAACGCUCUCGUACAUCAAGUACUUUUAUUCCAAAACUAGUGGGUUUUCUCUACUGGAAGUUUUAAAUAAACCUGUCGUUAUUGCUUACUUUGAUUAAAAA